AAGCAGUUCUCUGGGACCACCUUCUAUUGGCUUCAACCUCUCCCACUUCUUGACAUCUGAGCAGCUCUGAGAAAGGCUCAUCUAGGUCCGAGUGUUUAUGCAGCGGAGACUGGCCGCUAGGGCUAAAGACCUGGAUUAUCUGAGCUCAGUUGCCUGCUGCAAAGUCUGUCGUUGCCGUUUUGGAAAAAAAAAAUCUCAGCCCCGAUCUGUUUACAGUGAAAGUUGACAAAGGGUGGUGAAGUUGGAUCCUUCCUAAACUCUCCUGCCUGGAACCUGAGACUUGCAUGCCAUGGAUCACACACUCUUUGGCUGCCUGCGCAGCCCCCAUGCCACCGCGCAGAGCUUGCAUCCUUUCUCCCAGUCUUCUCUUGCCCUGCAUGGAAGAUCCGACCACAUGUCCUACCCCGAUCUGUCUUCUUCUUCUUCCUCUUGCAUAAUAACGGGAUACCCCAAUGAGGAGGGCAUGUUUGCCAGCCAGCAUCAUAGGGGGCACCACCACCACCACCAUCACCACCACCAUCACCACCAGCAACAGCAGCACCAGGCUUUGCAGACGAACUGGCACAUCCCUCAGAUGUCGUCUCCUCCCGCCGCGGCCAGGCACAGCCUCUGUCUCCAGCCGGACUCAGGAGGACCCCCGGAGCUGGGCAGCAGCCCCCCCGUGCUGUGUUCGAACUCCUCCAGCCUGGGCACUACCACCCCCACGGGGGCAGCGUGUGCGCCGGGGGACUAUGGCAGGCAGGCUCUGUCCCCGGUGGAAACGGAGAAGAGGUCCGGCAAGAGGAAAAGCGACAGCUCAGAUUCCCAAGAAGGAAACUACAAGUCAGAGGUCAACAGUAAACCCAGGAAGGAAAGGACAGCUUUCACCAAGGAGCAAAUCAGAGAGCUAGAAGCAGAAUUUGCUCAUCAUAACUAUUUGACCAGGCUGAGGAGAUAUGAGAUAGCAGUAAACCUUGACCUCACUGAAAGACAGGUAAAAGUUUGGUUCCAGAACAGACGGAUGAAGUGGAAGCGGGUAAAAGGAGGCCAGCAAGGGGCAGCAGCCCGGGAAAAGGAACUGGUGAAUGUGAAAAAAGGCACGCUGCUCCCCUCCGAGCUCUCUGGCAUUGGGGCAGCUGGUCUCCAGCACACGGGGGACUCACUAGCGAAUGAUGACAGCCACGACAGCGAUCACAGCUCUGAGCACGCACACUUAUGAUACACAGAGAGUGUCCCAGCUCCGUUCUCAGGAAAGAUGCUUUGCUGGCAAGCCUUACACAGGCAUCGUUUACGUAUGCAAGUGACUGGCAGUGAUUUUUAAAGUUGUUAUGGAAGAUUCAGGCUUAUUGUGUCUGUUUUUCUUGAUUUUUAGAUGGUUUACAGUAAGUGCCAUGUCUUAAAGGUGCCUCAAGAGUGGAGAAGUGGAAGAUGAACUUUGAACAUUCCAGAUUUGUUUGUCAUGUUUAUGACAGCGGGCAGGUAUUUUGCUUUAGCUUGCACUGAAAAUUACAUUGCUCUCAACAGACGUUAUAUUCUGAAAACCACAGUGCCACAAAAUCACUAUCUAGUGGAUAAGAAAUGUAUUUUAACUCUGUAUAUAUUUACCUUACAGCAUUUUCCUGUCUUCACUAAUUUUAGCAAUGCAUUCAUAUUAGCUGAUGGCAAUAGUCACUCAUGACAAUAAAUGGCUUUUUGUCUCUUUAAUUUUUGUUUUGUUUCGCCAAAGACAUACAAUACAUGCAGAUACUUUUGUUCAAGUAGAGAACGUAUCUGCUAGGACACGUCCUUGUAUGACAGACAAAACAAACAUUAUGUUGCAUUUACUAUCAACUGCUGCUAAUAGGGUAUUAUUAAACUUACCUAGCUCCUCAAUUCUUCUUAUCUUAUAACUGCAAAAAAAUGAUUUUUAGGAUCAUAAGGAUAGUCCAGUAACCUGCCACAAAAUUUUCAUGCUCAGUGGAAACCCCAGAAAGGAUUAUUCAUUUCUACUUUGUCAUCACUGAGUACAUUAAUACUGACUCUGCGGAAAUGUCUCUUCAUCUUCAGUUUAAAAAACAGCAGUCAGCUGAGUUAUUAUCAACUGCUUAUGUUGGUAGGAAUCAAAAUAUGAAGGUAACUCAGUAUUGUGUCCCGUGUGUAAAAUCAAGACAUAUUUUCUGUUAUAAGCUUUUGUGUACAUACAGGCAAACACCAAAACUCAAAAUUUAAUACAAACCAUUGAUUGUACUUUGUAAAGAAAAAUGUUUAAUAAAUAAUCAUUUUUAAAUA